GGUAACGCUUUUUACAGACUUAAUCAAUGUGUUCAUAGGCUUUUACAGACUUAAUCAAUGUGUUCAUAGGCUUUUACAGACUUAAUCAAUGUGUUCAUAGGCUUUUACAGACUUAAUCAAUGUGUUCAUAGGCUUUAAAUCUUCUCAUCCUCUGCUGAUUGAAUGGAAACGAAUGGAUUUAGGUCGAAUACUGAUUGGAGACUGAUGUCUAAAUUGGUAGAAUUUGUUUCAGGAUUCACCUUAAAUUAACUAGAGUAAAAAAUAGUUACUUGUAUCAGAUAUACGGUCCGCUAUACUAUUUCGUGCUGAUUAUACAUGUAAAGGGAAGCAGCCGUCUGACAUGUUGUAAUUGAUAUAUUUCUGGUACUUCAAGCAGAUCCUCAUAUCAUAAAACUACACGAACUUUCUAAAAGUUUAAAACAAUUUCACGAAAUAAAUCGACAACGGGCCGCAAACUAGCUUAUUUUAUACAAUUAUUCUACAUUAGCUGUUUUAUCGUAAUACGAACAUGCCGUUUAUGGCUAUAUAUAGACUGUUAAGUUAAAAAUAAUACUUACCAUAUUUUUUAUAGAUCAGUGUUAUAUAUAGAUCAGUGUUACCGUAUAUCAUAUAAACCGGGAUUUCCCCAUAAUAAUUUUGUAGAUAAGUUUAUUACCUAAUGUAGCCAUAAUGGAGUUAGACGUCUCUUGUUAUCACGUUACUUUUCUCUCAGUGUUAAAUCUAGGACUAUUUCUGUUACCGACGUUUUCUGUGCAGGCGGCGGCGCCGCACAUUAAUAAAAUAGCUGUUUACCUGCCGUGUCCACGGAGCAGGUACGUCGUGACAAACACAAAUGGAACCAAGCGAUGUUCAAGAUGUUCCUAUUGCCCCAGAGGAUUCCAAGUUCAGACAAAAUGUAGUGCGUACAACAAUACAAUAUGUGAACCUUGUCCGUCCGGCUGGUACAAUGACAUUAAAGGAAAUCAUUUUAGAGAGUCCUCAACGGGAAGCUGUUUGCAGUGCUCUCCGUGUCCUUAUAAACUGCAACAUCUGGUUGUGCCAGAAUGUCGUGAUAAAUUUGGAAUACAUCACUCAAAUAUCUGCUGGCCUGGCAAAACAAUGGUUUUAUUCAACAGUAAGAAUUACAGCAAUAACUUGGAAAUAACGGAAAAAAUACUUGACGUCGAAUUAGAAGACUAUACUUACUUUAAGAAAAGUGUAACUUUACCUGUCAUUCUGGGGUUUGUGUUAAGUUGCGCUGUUGUAUUUAUAUCUGCGUUUAUUGUCAUGCAUUUUACAAAAUGUUGGAGAUGGACAAGACUGGGAGGAUUUAGGAAUGAAAGAACGUUUAGUAUAAUAAGUGAAAAGUUGCAUGAAAACCGUGAUGUCACACAGAACGGAGACAAUGUUACCGUUGAUACCGUUUCAAUAAAAUCAAUUGAUAGUUUCAGCUCUGACUUUGAAAUGAACAGUGAAUCAAAUAUCUUGCUAGACUGUGCCUUAGAGGUUUGCGUUAGAACGUAAAUGUCGGACAUGCAUAGUAGGUUAAGUUUAAACUGUUUGUAAGAAGAGUCAGACUAUAUCUUGUAUUGAUUUAUAAAGAUAGUUAUAUUCUCUGAUUCUUUGUCUACAUUAUAUUUACUUAAAGAUCUUACGUUAAACAUAAGUCGUACAAUUUGCUCUAACGGUCUUUUUAAAAAAAGUAUUUGUUCUGUUCCACUAAAAUGACACUAAAUAAAAAGAGGUUCAAAACGUAACAAUGCUGAGUAGUUACGAAAAUAUUACUAAGAUGUACGUUUUAAGUGUAUCUUAAUAUUUUCAUCCAUCUUAUUUAUUGAAAUUUAGUUUGCUGGUAACAUUAAAAUAUUUCUAUUUAAGAGUUGUCAGGGGUAGAGACAUGCACAAUGUCCCUACAACAUUUUGAAGACUUCAUGUUUCGCAAAAUAUGCUAACGACAUUCAACAGAACUUUGUUUCGGUACUUAUAUCAUACAUGGAUAUAUACUUAAACAGCACAGAAAAUGAGAAUUCGUCCUACGGAAAUGGGCAAUUGAAUACACUAAAAUAACUUCAGAUACAUUAGAAUAUGUCAUGUAGUAAUUACAAACAAAUACAAACUAUAAAAACAUAAUGCACCACAUACAAUAACUUGGAAACAUAAAAAAAGUCUUCAUACUGAAGUUGAAAAAGCAUGACAGCCAGUUAAAUUUCUCUUCAAUCAUUCUUUUAAGUGAUCUAUGAACCACGCUGAUUUCUUUCAAGUACGUUCAUUCGUUGCCUUGCAUUUCUGACGACUCCGAGACGUAUAUUGUAAAAGAACUUACCAACAUGUCACUGUUGCCAGAUGCAUACAAAUAAAACCAUAAAGUAAAGACAUUCAGAAGAACUUAUUUUAAUAGUUGGCACUAUUUUUCUGCUCAUGUCCGUUUAAUUUUCUACCGUAUUAUAAAAACUUACAACGUAGUAUGUUAAUUGCGACAGCCAAAACAAUUUCUGGCUGUAUGGCGUGGAAGGUUGGAAAAAAAGUACUCCAUAACAAACUAGUACAAGUAUUACAGGCAAAUUUUCAGUAUACAUUGUACUUGCAAACUUAAAAAUGAAGCUCUCCUCUUUUUGUAACCUCUAUGUUUCUAUUAUUGCAUAAAUAUGUGUUUAUAUAAAGGUUGUAAAUCGAUGCAUACAUGUCCACAUUUACAUGUACCCCUGUUGCAAUGAGGAGUGCUCUAUUGGUGGCUACGUUCUUUGAAUGUUGUUAUGUCCUGUUGGAAUUUUAUCCUUGACAUUGUUUCACAACAAAAUUGUUUUCAAAUUAUUCCUUUGUGUAUUUUAGUACAUAAAAUCAAAUCUAAAACAAAUCCUCAAACUGUAGUGCUCAAUCUUUAUUUACAGCUUACAUCUGCGACAAACAAGCAGGGUCUAAAUCACCAAAGGUUUAAAAAAAAAUCCUAGUAAAUAGUAAUUCAAGUUGAAUAUCGGUGGUAUCGAGAAUAAGUAUAAUGAUUCUUUUUCAGCCAUAACAUGCAUUCCAGUACCAUGCAGAUCUGAAACUGGUGGUCAGGAUGCGGGUUUUCAUCUAAACCUUCUAUCUGUUUUGAAAAAAAAACCUGGUAAUCAGUCCUUCUGAAAAAAAAAGAGAAAAAUAUAAUUUGAUAGUUAAAUUGAGAACACACAUCAUUAUGCAGUGAAACUUUAUUAACUGAACGAAUGGUUUUCAUUUUAGCAAUUUAUUGUUUGGAAUUAUUAAUCUUUGUAUUUUAUCGGUGUGUUUCGUUUAUAGCUUGUUUUCAUAGUUUGAUACAUUUCGCGUUAUGCUAACACCUAUGACUCACUUGAAAGUGAAGAAAAUGGUAGAUUUUUAUGUCUAUAUACAGUUUUUAUGUUUUAUGUCUUACGUAACAGAAUGAAUUCAAAGAAUCUUAUUUUAGGUCCUAUUUUACAAGAAUUCUGAAUAUUUCGAAGUUUUGCUGACUUUUACAAUAUGUUAUUUUUACAUUUCAUGGUUUGUUAUAAUUAUUACACAUGUUUUCACUAAUUUUAUUAUAUCAUGUAGAAAAUAUAUUGAUAUACGAUAGGAUCAUGGUACUUUUUCAUUUAGAAAAGGUUCAGGAUCAGGUUAACUUCGUAUGAUUUUAUUACGUAGGUAUUACUUUAUAAAAUAUAAUUGUACUAAAGGGAAAUAUUUUAGAACUUUUAAGUUUUGCUUGUGCUCAACCAUUGGCUACAUGAUUUACUAUCAGUAGAACAAAUCGCAUUAAAAUGCAGGAAGAUGCCUUAGAUCAGGACAGUUUCCUCUUGUCAUUUUUGCAUAGUUUAUCGCCAUGCAUUUUGUUUAAAAGUUCAGCGCGCACAUUAGUACAGAAGGGAGAACACCUCUCCUUUCAGUCGCCUUGAGGGUCUUUUAGUAAUAUCAUAUAAUUAGACUAGACACGCAAGUAGACAAUAUUCUCUUGUUGUUGUGAGAAGACACUUGUAAAUAAAAAUGUUGAGAAAA